UUUUUAUUUUCAGGACAUGCAGAACUUCAAUGAUGCCACCGAUCUGACAGCUGGGGAUGUGACAGUCGAAUUAUCGGUACGGAAAGGUAUUCUCGAGACUGAGGUUCCCUGCGAACCCCUCCCUGUCUCACCCAACAUUCCCUUUUCCACUUCACGUGGCCUCCGGUUCGGAGUUAUUACCUUCCUACUCUUGUUGUCCGCUUAUUUCGGGAGUAUUUUCUUUCAAGGACCGUUACUCCCGCUGGCUUUUUUGGCUCCCAAGUUGUUUCGGUGGUGUAUUGAUUGGACGAUGGCGUCAUGGCUCUUAUUCUCCGAGUUUUUGAUAGUCAAAGUUGCCGGUGUGAGAGUGCGACACUUUGGUGACGAUUUCCUUCCCCAUUCACCUGACGGUGCCAGCCUGCUGUUGCUCAAUCACCGAACUCAGCUCGAUUGGCUUUUUGCAUGGGGUCUUGGUGCCCCAGUUCAGCGAAUGAAAAUCAUUCUGAAGGAGUCACUGGCGAAAUUCCCCGGAGUUGGAUGGGCUAUGCAGUGUGCAUCGUUUAUAUUCAUUCGACGUCAGAUUGCCACGGAUCAGUCGCGGAUCGAUACAUUGAUUUCCUAUCUGCUUAACAGUGGAGCUGGUUGUGAGCUACUCAUAUUCCCUGAAGGCACCAAUCUGUGCUCAACCUCGCUGGCUCGCAGCAACCAGUUCGCACGGAAGGCUAAUCUUCCAUACGUUGCCUAUACGUUGCACCCCAGGUGUACUGGCUUCGUUUAUCUCGUUACCCUACUUGGCCGCCACCGAUUGAGUGCCAUCUACGAUGUCACUGUUGCCUAUCCUGAUCACAUACCGUUCCCCGAGAUUGACGUAUUCGCGGGCAAAGUUCCUCAGGAGGUUCACUACCAUGUGCGACGAAUUUCGGCUUCUGAGUUACCCUGGGAUUGUCCCGACGGUGCGUCAGGUGAUCUGGACGAAAGACUAGCUGGCUGGCUCCGAGCCCAAUGGAUGGCCAAAGAAGCGUUUCUGAAAGAGUAUUACGCCCGCCCUGUGGAAGAACGCCGUUUCAAACACGAAGUUCAGGGUCAAAGCCAGGCGUUCCAACGGGACACAAUCACAGAUCAACUUCAUCCAACCCUGCUUGGUCUUGCGAAUGCAAUUUUCUGGUUUAUUUCACUUAUAGUUUUUACUUAUUACUUGUACAUUUCUUGGAUUGUUUUCUCUUUUGCCGUUCUAGUUCAAAUCACUUUCGUAUACCUAUCAAUAUUUUCUGGUGGGAUCAAUUUCUGGGCUUCGAAACAACUCGGGGGCCCGUUACUUACUGGUCCUGUUCGAAGCCUAUCGGAACGAUCUGGUUAACACUACCUCGCAUUCAAACACACCGACUAUCUCUGAUAUUCCCAAAAUGAGAGAACUUCCAUUUUAUUGUUACUCACCGGACAAAACUGGGACAAAAUCCUUCAAACCCAUUUGAGGUGCCCGAGCAUUUUUGCCUUUUUGUUGCGGUUUUUCACUUUGAGCACAGUGUUUUUGCAUUGCCUAACCUUCACCGUGCCACUCAACUUCGUGUUAAUCCCAACAUUUUUGGUUUCAUCCAUGGUCUUUCCCUCUCAUUAUUUGGGGAUCAUUUUUCGUUAAAUUAGAAACAAUUUUCUAGUGUUUACUCC